AAUAUGCAAGAAUAGAAAAUUUAUUUAGCCGGAUAAGGAAUAUCUUAAUUUUUCUUUUAUAUUAAAUUUAAACGUAAAUUGACAGGCGAUUGUGCAAAAAUUGUCUCUUUAAAUAAUAAAUGAAACCCAUAAUGAUUUGGGACUGAAGUUUUAAGUCCAAUUAGUGUGUUAUCAAAUAGUAAUAAUAAUGAAAGAACAAAAAUUGUUACUUAUCCUUUCGAAGUCGUUAAUUGGUACCGGCUUUUUCUUUUUGUAUGUUCAACAUGUGCGUUCAAUAUUUGAGUCCCGCACCAAUAUUGCAUAUUUAACACAAUUAGAACGGGAGUCUUUGUUGCGGCGGGAGGACUCGCUUUAUUAUUCAUUUUAUAAGACACUUACAGAGGAAGCAGACUUUUGGAGUGGUUACCAUAAAUUAACCAAUUUAACUGGCAUCGAGCAUCCACAAAAUGUGAACGUAAUACAAAGGUUCCAUGUGUUACCAGAAUUGGCAAUAGGAUAUCUCUACCAUUUGCUAAGGCGAUAUGCUUUCACAGAAAAUUUUCCAAUAUUUAGUUGUUGGCGGAGCAACGAUGUUCGUUUGCCUUUGGAGCAUCGUCAUUGUGAUGGCAUUGGACAGCCCAUGCAGUUUUACUUGGAAUGCGUAUGGCUUCUUGGUGGGGUCACUGUACUAGUUAUUUAUAUAUAUGGAACAUUACUGAGUGAAAAUAUAUUUGGUGGCAUUUACGCAGUGGUUUCCUAUGUUAUGUUCCAUAGUUUUGCUUCCAAGAUCUACGAAUCCCCUAUGGCACGUGAAAAUUUUGCUUUUCCAAUUAUUUUCAUGCAAAUGUUUUACCUUUGCUUGUGUAUUGAUCGCAUUACGGAACGCAAAGCAUAUCACAAGCGGCUUUUUAUAACGAUGAAAUUGACGCUGCUGACAGCACUUGCUCUUCUCUGUUGGCAAUUUUCUUCUGUUAUUUUUGCAACGCAGGUCCUUAUUAUGAUGGCACCUUGGACGCCAAGUUUAAUAUCUGAGGUGGUUUCUAGUACUUUUACAAUUGAUUAUGCGAUCUCGCAACUUAUUGCCACAUCACUAGCCUACUACUGUUCUUUUAGCAACAAGAAAUAUAUUUUCGCCUGGCAUAUUGGUCCAGCAAUUGGACUUCUAUUUGUCAGUAUAGAGCGGCAAGUCAAACCUCAAACUCCUAAUAGUGGCAUUUCGUUCAAAACCAUGUGGGCGGGGUUAUUAGUGGCCAUUAGUGUACAAGGAACUUUAUAUGAUAUGUUGGAGAGAACAGAAUUCGCACGUUCAAUUGACAACGGGUUCGCCCUAUAUCGUGAUUUAAUAGUGCAAUGGAGCUUCCAGGCAAAAGUGAGUUUCUCUACCAGCAUUGCGGCCUGCAAUCCAGSUUAUCAGAAUUUGAAUAUUGACCAUUUGUGGGAGCUCAUAAAGACUCUAAUUGUGAAACCCUAUUGUAUGUACGGUGUCGUGAUGUUGGCAAAGUUUUUUCGCAAGUGGCGUAAGGGUAAUGAAAAAAAAAAUCCCAGCAAAGAUAAUGUGGAACGAGCCAAAAAAUAUGUGCUCGAAGAUUUUUUGGAAGAAAACCACAUAUCAAUGGGCGAUAUGUCAAAUAAAGAGACGGAGAACGAUUUAAAUGAAUGUCUUAAGUUACUGGAAGAUUGUAACUAUGACUACAAUCGCUAUAAACAGGAGAAAACUAAGUCGAAGAAUAAUAAAGUCAUUGAACACGAAGAGUUUAUGAAUAACAUAAAAUUAUUAAAAGAGCAGAUUAAAGAAGGUACUCGAAAUAUUUCUAAAAUUAACCAUUCUGAGACUUCAGGAGAGCAACACGAAGAAUGUACUCAUGGAAAUGUAAAACCGUCCAUAAGUGAGAAUAAAGCAACAAUAAACAGUGAUUCGAUCCCAGCAGCACCAAACGUUGAAAUAAACGAUUCUGGGAAUGAUACGAAUARCGGCAGUUUUACUGAUAGUAGUGGUAUAAAAAGUAGUGAUGGUAAUAAAAACACACGACGUACACGGCAGAAAAGCUCGGACUGCGAAGCUUCUAAAGYUGACUAUCAUAGCGAUAUUACAGGUUUCCACUAUGUCUACAGCUUUGUACAAAUGGCAGUUUUUACCGCCUUAGGGCUUUGUAUAAAAAAGUUAUUCUUCCUUUGUUUCACUCAAGGCUGUGUUAUUGCGCCGACAAUAUGUUCUAAGUUUUGGUAUCACAAACAACGCAAUAUAUUUUGGGCAGUAUCAUUGGCGGUUUUUUUAACCAGCAUGGUUAAUCCCGGUUUAGUUAAUAUACGUGAAGAAUACUUUCCUACACGCUCAGGACAUGCUAGUGAUGAUUUGGAUAGCAUGUUGGAAUGGAUCAAAAUUAAUACUGAGCGCGACGCUGUUUUUGCAGGUCCAGUAGAAAUUAUUGGCACGGUGCAUUUAGUUACUAGACGACCGAUUGUAAACCAUGCUCACUUGGAAAUACGUCACAUCCAUGAACGCACGGAACAUGUCUACUCAGUGUUCAGCCGUCAACAGUCAUCAGAUAUUUACAAUCAAUACUCACAACUUAAAGUGCAAUAUUUAAUUAUAUCGCUUCAGGACUGCAGCAAUGAAAUUCGUGAUGAAUGUGACCUACUAUCGAUUUGGGAUGAUCUGCAGCCGUCGAAUCGCAAAUAUCCGCAAUUUUGUUCGGAAUUGGCAAACAAGAAUAUACCCAGCUUCUUGAAAGUAUUCUCUAAUGAUUAUUACGGUAUUAUUAAGAUGUUUUCGCAGAGUGUACAAAUUAAUUUGAAGCUUAGUAAGAUGCCCGAAAAAAAAAUGUAGCCAAGUAGCCAAACUUGCUUCGAUUGUAAGUGAAGCAAUGGUAGGAAAAGUGGCCAAGAAUUUAAAAUGUCAAUUACGUUAUUUUAUUUAUAUACCAAGUUUCAUGUUACGUUCAUAUUUUAUAUAUAUUGUAAUUUUGACAAGAGACACUUUAAGCCUCGAUAUAUUACGAUUGAACAUCGAUUUCGCUGUAUUUAAUAGUUGUGGUUAAAUGAAAAUAAUUUUUAAGAAAUACAAACUACUUAUGUAGUAGAUGUCCUAAUGUACAUUCAUACAUACAUACAUAUGUGAAUAUGAAAAGUGUAGAAAGCUACACAAAAAAAAGAUAUAAAUAUUGAAGUUUGUUCAAAGGGAAAUCUUUUUUUCUUAAAAGUUUUGAAUCGUAAUUUAUUGCUCUAUAACACCGAAUGCCGAGUUUACUGAAUUUUAUAUAGACUGCUCUCUUGCAUUCCAUUUCUGGCUUAUUUGUAUUACCUGCAUUAAAAAAAACUAGAAUGAAAAAAAA